AAAAAAAAAAGAAAAAGAAAAAAAAGUAGGAGAAGAAUACAUACAGAAAUACAGAUAGAUAGAUACAGAAGGAAUUCGGUCAGCUUGUUGAGAGAGAGAGAGAGAGAGAGAUGGCGAAUAGACGGAUUGGGAAGACGAUACCCUGCUCUGCAUUCAGUGUUUUUAUUCUGCUACUCUCCUCUGCUACUUCUCAAUCACAACCUAACCAGGGUAUUGACAUUGAUCCUUCAAGAAAUAUUAAAGAACAGCACCCUGAAGUUCAUUGUUCAAGAGAAAGGAGUCGAGCCGCAUGGAAAAUAAUAGAGGAAUAUCUGAUACCUUUUAUGGAAAAAGAAAAGUAUCAACUUUCAAGCCGAUGCAGACUUCAUCAAAGCAACGAUAUAUUUAGAGAACAAGAGGAGCACAAAAUUCAUGUCGACAUAAACGAAUAUCGAUGUGGGUAUUGUAAGAAAGUCUUUCGAGCAGAAAAAUAUUUGGACCAGCAUUUCGACAACCGGCACUACAAUCUUCUAAACGUUAGUCACGGCAAAUGCUUGGCAGAUUUGUGUGGAGCUUUACAUUGUGAUUUUGUGGUGAAUACACACUCUCAGAAAACCAAGUGUAACCCUGGUGGGUGUGCGAGAAACCGUCACUUAUGUGAGGAUCUUGCCAACAGCUGUUUUCCUCUUAACGAGGGUCCUUCAGUAACUCGUCUUCACGAAUUCUUUUUACGUCAAUUUUGUGAUGCCCACACUUGCUCUAAGGGAAGGAAACCUUUUUCAAGGGGAGGCAAGAAGCAUACCAGUGUCUUCUACUUGGCGGUUUCAAUACUGAUUUUGAUGUUCCUUCCUAUAUUCUACUUGAUUGUGUAUUUGUAUCAAAGGGAAAUGGGAAAAAGUACAACACAGCUUAAGCGCAUUUCAAGACCACCUGGAAGAAAACCGAAGCCAUCUUGAUAUUCCCCCGGUUAAUUGAUCUGUGGUACAUAUCGAAGGAAACGAAGCAUAUUGCUCUAUUUCGGAGGCGCAA